AUUCAUUCGAGCAUCAUGGAUGCGUGGAAUCGCGGAAGGAUUAUCUACGCUUAUCUCAUAUGGGUCGUCUUCAAGGCUACAGCAGCUGGAGGACUGUCCGAUGACACGAAUUCGUUGGUCGAGGAGCUCGUCGUUGAGGCCGGCAAGAACGUGACGUUGAAUUGUCCAGGAGUGACGGAAGACUCUCUGGUGUAUAUGCUCGAGUGGCGAGCCAACGGUAUGCAGUUACUCGAGUGGCAGGCUAACGGGAUGCAACACGAACAUGCCAACAGGGGCACCGAUGUUUGGACUCAUCAGAAUAGGGUCUCUCUCUCUUUGAAAAAUUAUGCUCUACAAUUUCAUCCUGUCACAGCACCGGACUCGGCCAAGUACGAGUGCCUAAUAAACAAUCGUAGUACACCGGAUGCCGUCAUUAAGCUCAUCGUUCAAGACGUGCCAGAUCCGCCAGAACGUCCUCUCAUAACAAGCUUUACAUCCAAAUCCGUGAAUCUGUCUUGGGCACCUGGCGCUAAUUCUCAUAACAACCCAAUUUUGCACUACGUCAUAUACACAAGGGUCAACGAGGAUGGUUCCUGGGACGCAAUGAAAGAAAUAGUGACACCAACAAGCGCAACAGUUUACACGAUUGAGAAUUUAACACCAUUCACGGUCUAUAGCUUUCGCGUGGCUGCAGUAAACGCGAUGGGCCGUAGCAAGGCGAGUCAAGCAUCCUACUACAUCAUCACCUUGAGAGAGAUUCCCGAAGGUAAACCCCUUAUCACUAGCGCGUACAACACGUCGUCGACGUCUAUAUAUUUGGCAUGGAAACCACCAAGUCGUGACACUAUACAUGGCGAAUUUCUUGGAUAUCGAAUUGGAUAUAGACCGCGAGACAAAACGAAUAUGGAAAUGAAAGACAUCUACAUACGAGAUCCCGCAGUAGACAAUCACAGUAUUCAUAAUUUGGAAAUAUACACGCAGUAUCUCGUAUCUCUUCAAGUUUUCAAUCCGGAGGGUCAUGGACCAGCCACAACAGUUUCUGUGAUGACCGACGAAGGAGUGCCAACGAAACCCCAGAAUUUCACGUCACGUGGAAUAACUUCGACUACCAUAGAACUGUCAUGGUCCGAGCCAGAAAGUGCCAACGGCGUUAUAACCGGGUAUCGUGUUUAUUAUUUGCAUUCCAAUUACACCGACGUUCAAACUCUCAAGAUAUAUGACAACAGCGGGCCUAACGUUGAGUUUGUAUUAAAAGAUUUAGAUCCUUACAUCGUCUAUGAUAUAUGGGUGAAAGCUUACACGUUGAAAUACGAGGGUGAACCAUCCGGUCACAUUAUUCGUAGGACUGACAUCGCUGGACCAAGCGAGCCACAAAUUUUAAAUUUGACUUGCCAAUCGCAUGAUUCAGUAUAUAUUCAAUGGGCAAGGCCAUCGAUCUUUUGGGGAUCCGUCGAUUAUUAUUACAUCAAUUAUCGUACGGAAACAAGUCAAUAUUAUGAGGAAAUCGAAUCAACAGCCGAGAAGAAUCAUCUUGAAAGUGGCAUGAUCGUACCAAAUUUAACGAUGAACACGGUUUACGAGUUUAUCAUACGUGGAGCAACGAAAAGUACAAUCAACGAUCGAUUGAUUAUACAAGGAGAAAGUUCUGCACCACGGAACGUUUUGGUUACUCAUGACUGCGAUAAGAUUCCACCAUUAAAACGUCGUAGCAGCAAGGAUCUCAGUGCUAGUGUGAUAGCUGGCAUGGUUUGUGCUUGCUUCGCCGUCAUGCUAGCGAUCACAGCCUUCGUUCUCUGGAAGCCAAUUUUCAGAAAAUGCUUUCACACGGCCUAUUACUAUCUGGAUUAUCCACCACGAAAUGUGCCGACCCUUCAAGAAUGGGAGAACAGUGAGCAAGAUGGCGAAAGGACCGCCGUAAGCGUUCAACAAUUCGUUCAACAUGUCGCCAAGUUGCACGCCGAUGGUGACAUCGGAUUCAGCAAGGAAUACGAGAUUAUUCAAUCGGAGAGCGGAGGUUACACCGUUGAGAACUCGCAAUUCGCUGAAAAUAAGGCGAAGAAUCGAUACCUCAACAUACUCGCAUACGAUCAUACGCGUGUACAAUUGUUAUCGUGCGGCGGAGGGCCACCUAAAAAGGGACAAGAUUAUGUAAACGCAAAUUACAUCGAUGGUUGGCAACGUGCACGAGCUUACAUUGGAACUCAAGGACCUUUACCACCGACCUUCGAUGGUUUCUGGCGUAUGGUCUGGGAACAACGCGUAUCGAUCGUAGUGAUGAUCACUAAUCUUGUCGAACGUGGUCGUAGAAAAUGUGAUAUGUAUUGGCCCAAAGAAGGCACCGAAACUUAUGGUUACAUUCAAGUUACUUUAGUAAGGGAGGACAUUAUGGCAACUUAUACUAUUCGUACUCUUCAAAUUCGACAUCUCAAGCAGAUUAAGAAGAAGAAGAAUGGGACCAAUAUGGGAGAACGUACGAUAUGGCAAUAUCAUUAUACCGGUUGGCCUGAUCAUGGUGUUCCUGAUCAUCCUCUACCUGUUCUCAGUUUUAUUCGUAAAUCCUCUAAUGCUAAUCCACCCGAAGCUGGUCCUAUAGUGGUCCAUUGCAGCGCCGGAGUUGGACGUACUGGGACCUAUAUCGUGAUCGAUGCCAUGCUGAAACAGGCCAAGAGCAAAAACGAGAUCAAUGUAUUUGGAUUUUUAAAACACAUUCGAACGCAGAGAAACUUUUUAGUUCAAACAGAGGAACAAUACAUUUUCAUUCAUGAUGCUUUGCAAGAGGCAAUCGAAAGUGGAGAGACCAAUAUAGAAGCUAAUAAUUUGAUGCAGCAUAUUCAAGACAUGCUAUGCCCGUCCAAUAAUAAGACAGAUGCCUGGAAUAACUUAGAUUCUCAAUAUAAACUCGUGACGUCGUGGAAACCAAAGGACUUCAAUCUCGUGUCCGCGACCAAAUCAUGUAACAUUCAUAAAAAUCGUAAUAUGGAGAUAAUACCAAUUGAAAAUGCUCGUGUACAUUUAACACCAAAACCUGGUGUUGAUGGAAGUGAUUAUAUAAACGCAACGUGGUUCUCAGGAUUCCAAAGGAAUCGUGAAUUUAUUAUAACUCAACAUCCUAUGGAGAAUACCAUAAUGGAGUUUUGGCAAAUGAUGUGGGACCAUAAUGCUCAGACGAUCGUAAUGUUGACUCAAUGCGACGAGGAAUAUCCCGAGUUUUGGCCAACGGAAGGAAAGGAUUUGGAAUCAGAAACUUUCCGAGUACGAUUAUGUGGUAUUAAAGAAACAGUCAGUGGAAUUAUUCUACGGGAGGUAGCCGUCCGAUCUUUACAGGACGAUUACGAAUUAAGUGCAAGAAUCGUUCAAGGACCAUUGAAUCAAGGUGGUUUGUGGCCUCACAAUAAUAACCCCAAAAUAUUCGUCAAUGUGAUACAAGACUUUCAUAGAGAUUAUCAAAAUGGUCCAAUCGUCGUUAUGGAUAGGUACGGUGGCGUCGAGGCUGCUCUCUUCGUACUUCUAACAACUUUGAACAAACAACUCGAGUUCGAACAAUCCGCGGACAUUUACAUGUUCGCAAAAUUGUUAUAUAUGAAGAGACCGGGUGUAUUCCGAUCGAAGGAGGAUUAUGUCCUGCUCUAUCAAUGUCUUGAGGCAAUGCUGUCGUCGAAAGUACGUGGUGAACCAGAUCUCUAUGCGAUGGCGAACGGGCACGUGGCAACGAUGAGUAGUAAUGAUCCGAACGAGAUUAGAUCGGCAUCCUCGAUGCAGCACAUGGCAAUGGAUUAUCCUGUGAAGUCAGCACCACCGAUGAUACGAGAAUAUGCGACGGUGGAGAUGACACCAGAAGGAGCUGUCCGAUUGGAAAGAUCCUCGCACAAUGGGAAAGCUGACCGCUCGAGUAUACAAGAUCAGCCUCGGGGGAUUAUAGAACGUACAUUCGUGUAAAUAUGUCCACGUAAAUCUAGAAUAACAAAAAACCAAACGAAACAAAUAACAGAACGAAAGAGAACGAAACAAAACAAAAGCAAAAAAAAAAAGAAGAAGAAAAUGAAAGAAACGAACGAAUAAAAGAGCCGAGGAAGAAAAAAAUGAUUAAAAAUAAAAAAACGAAAAAGAAAAAGGAAAAAAGAAAAAAAAGAAAACUAGCUCUCGUCGUACUCUAAAGCCGAGGAAAUUGAUAAAAAAAAAGUUAAGGGAAAUAUGUUUUCGCUGAUUUUGCACGUUUCAACAGUUGAUUCGGAUAGAUCGCGUUUAUCUUGUCCAUCUUGUAAGUGUACGCUGUUCCAUUCUUGUAUAUAUCGCCCAUUCACAUUACAUAUAAAUAUUAUACAUACAUAUGUAUAUAUAUAUAUAUAUAUAUAUAUAUAUAUAUAUACAUAAAUAUACAUAUAAAUAUAAAAGUCGACCAGCCGACAGCCCGAGUUGCCAAAGAAUCAUUAAGGAUAUACUCUUUUUAAUCGAUAAGAAAGAGGAGGACGUUAGAUCAAACUCGCGAAUGGAUGUGUAAAUAUUUCGUAUAAAUAUAAGUAUGUAUAUAGAUAUAUGCAGACGCAUAUAUAGAUCAGAUAUGUGUGUGUAUAUAUUUAUAAACAUAUAUAUAUAUAUAAAUAUAAAUAUAAAUAUAAAUAUAAAUAUAAAUAUAAAUAUAAAUAUAAAUAUAAAAAAUUAUUGUAAUAUCUAUACGUUAGCCACUUGUGAUGACGUGUGAUUGGAUCAGAUCCAGCUCGCAAAUAUAUCGUACGUAUAUAAGAUAUGAUACCUACGAUUAUAACAGCGAUAUCAUUUAUCUAUUAUAUCGUUCGAGUGAGCCUUCACGUCUGCCCUCUCUCAUUUUUUUUUUUUUUCUUUCUUAUUAAUGCGUCCUAAUACGACAAAUCGAGCGUUUGAUCGCGCCCGCGUUAACGAUUCGAUUUACUCAUUCGAUAUUUUAAUUUCAUGCUUAAUGCUCCAAACGUCACAAAUAGUCGUACGGUAUUAAUGUGUAGAAAACGAAAAAUACGAAAAACACAUAUACAAACACACACACACACGUAUAAGAAAAGUAAAAAAAAUCAAAAUACAUUAGGUAAAUAGAAUAAUUUGAAAUAAUACAAAUUCCAAAGCCGUACGAGUGAAACUCUGUCGAUAACUUCUGUAAUUUUACUGACCUAAUCGCAUUGAUAGUUUUUCAUCGUUAUCAUCAUUAUCCUCAUUACCAUUAUCAUUAUUAUUAUCAUUAUCAUUAUUAUUAUUAUUAUUAUUAUUAUUAUCAUCAUCAUCAACAUCAUUGCAUCUUUUUUCUCUCUCCCCCUGUAAACAAAUGACAUCUUUUAAGCACAACGAUGCAGCGAGGUAAAUCAUGCCGAUGACAAUCGUGAUAUUUUAUUGAGGAUGAACCUUCCAAACGCUGCACAAUUUCUUUCCGUUGUCUAUAUUACAUUUUUAUUAUUAUUAUUAUUAUUAUUAUUAUUAUUAUUAUUAUUAUCUCUUAUUCUUAUUAUUAUUAUUAUUAUUAUUAUUAUUAUUAUUAUUUUUAUUUUUAUUAUUAUUAUUAUUUUUAUUUUUAUUAUUAUUACUAUAGAACAAGUCAUACGUAAAUACGAUGAGCACAAUGUGAGUCAGUAAAUUCUAAGUAUAAAUCGGCCAAGAAAGAAGAUCGCGACCACUCUCUUUCCGUGCACCUUUCCUUCUAAUCUAAUCUUUGCUAUGCGGAAAACUUUUUCUUAUUAAUAAUAAUUUCGAUCCUUGCAAUUGGUGUUCGUCGCGAUGCGUUUAUACGAUAAUAGAUCGGAAGCGAUUGCGUCCAAAAAUUGGAUUAUAUAUAAGUACAUAUAUCUUCAUACGGAAUGAAUGAUAAAUUGAAUGUAAAGAAAAGAAAAAGAAAAUAUUAAAAAAAGAAGAAGAAGAAGAAGAAAGGAAAAGUAGAAAGUGAGAAAUAAAAAAAAAGUCCUCUGAGUAUUGCGAUUAAAAUGAACGAGAUAGGGAGGAAUAAGGAUAGAAAAUUAGGCUGAGAAAUUAAUUAGGGAGAUCAUUUUGGUCGAUCGAUGAGAAAGAAGCAAGAAAAGAAAAAGAAAAAAAAAGGGAGAGAGAGAGAGAGAGAGAGAGAGAGAGAGAGAAAAAAAGUAAACCUCUCUUUUCUUUUGGACGCAAUCGUACGUGCCUUCAACAUCUCCUCGUCGUCAUACGUGACGCGCGAAAUUCAAAGUCGGAAUAAACGCGUGAUUUUUUUACUCUGAUAAGCUAAUCGCACGUUUCGAAAAAGAAUAUUAAAUAAAGAAAGAAAAAAAAGAAAAAAGAACGACAAUUAAACAAGGCGAAAUAAAAAUCCAAAAAAAGAAAAAAAAAAGAAAAAGAGAAUAAGUAAAUAGAAACGAAACAAAACGAAAGAGAACGAAAGAAAAACAAAAAACAAAAAACAAAAAACAAAAAAAAAAGAAAACAAAAAAAGAAUGAUAAUUCAUAGGAAGUGCGAGAAAACGGUGCGUCGAACGUUCAAAUACAUGUUGUUCUUAACAACGCUUUGGCAUUCUCUUCCAGUGGCCAUAUUGCCGGUGCCUCGUUGCCAUUUCUUUUUGUCAAUACGUUCGCGCGCGCGCGGUGUAUACACACACACACACGAAGACUGAAGUACUUGUUUCUUAUUAAAUAACUUUUAGAGACAUUAUAAAUGUAAGCAACGAUUGAAAGGAAGGGAGAGAGCAGAUGGAAAAUGUGUACAAUAUAUGACGUCAAGAGUAGAACAAAAGUGUGAAUGUGAAAAAGAGAGAGAAAGAGAGAAAGAGAGAGAGAGAGAGAGAGAGAGAGAGAGAGAGAGAGAGAGAAUGAGAGAGAGAGAGAGAGAGGAGAGAGUCUAUAAGUAUGUGUCUGUACUUAUGUGUCUAGCGUGCGUAUGUUUGUUGUGUUCAAUGACCACAUCGUAUAAAAGAUGAAUCGUGUGUCACGUAAUAAGUGUAUUGAACUGUACAGGACAAAGAUAAAAAGUAAACAAAAAAAAAUUCUAUCUUCGUCUAUAAACAUUAUAGAUAUUUAUAUAAUUUUGUUUUUUUUUUUUUCAUAUUUCAAAAACUUAUAGGUAUUAAUUAUAGACACGCUCAGAAUUGUCUUUUCCAAAGUGCAUAUUGACUAAUCAAAUUUUAUUUCGUUAAAGUUCUUCAAUCGAUUAGAUUAAAUGAAUAUAACACACGAUUCGUUUUUGUUCUCCAUAUUAUCGAUCGCGAAAGAUGAACGAAGGACGAAAAGAAUAAUUGCCGUUUUAACAAUGAUCCAUUAUCAUUAAAUCAUAUUGAUUGAAUGUAAAAGAAGAUCGAGGGUAAAAAGGAAAUUUGCGAAAGAUUUUACAGAUUGAUUAUUUUGAUCGGUAAAGUUUGAUAAUAUUGAGCUAGUAUUAAUCGAUCCUUCGUUCGUUUAUCGAAUCGAAUUUGAAAAAGAAUCGAGUAAUUAUCGUCACACACGAUGACGUAAUAAUGAUAAAAUCGGUCAGUGGAAAUAGAGAGAGAAAAAAAAAAGAAAAAGAAAAAAAGAAAAAAAAAGUGAUAUAUAUAAGGGUAAAGGAAACGAUAGAAAAGAAAGGAAUGAAAGAAUAGAAAGAAAAAGAAAGAAAGAAAGAAAGAAAGAAAGAAAGAAAGGAAGAAAGAAAAAAAGUAAAAGAGAACCAGUGACGUCGCUUCGAAGGUCAUUACGACGAUCUCGAUCUCGGCCGGAACGAUUUACGAUUCCCUAUCGUUUCUUCAUGCGGCUGUGCGUAACUUGUAAUUAUAAUUGUAAUGUUGUACGAUUUAAGAGCGUGGGGCACGAUUCGAGUCCGAGUCACGGGUAUCGAAAGUUAUUUAUUUGUAUCGUGAGAUCGAGCAUCGAUCAAAAUGAAACCUUUUCGAGCUUCGUGCGAGUGAAAAAAAAGAAAAAAUGAUUGGAACGCUUCUUUCUUUUCUUAUCUUCUUCUUUCGAUUGAAAUAAAUAACGAUGUUUAAAUGACGAUCGAUCAUUUAUACCGAUCGGUCGAAAUGUAAAAUUUAUAAAAACUAUGAAAAAGGUAAAAGAAGAAGAAGAAGAGGAGGAGGAGGAGGAGGAGGAGGAGGAGGAGAAGAAGAAGAAGAAGAAGAAGGAGGAAGAGGAAGAGGAAAAAGAAGAAGAAGAAGAGGAAGAAGAUAAAACACAUUUGUAUCAUACAUGUAUACCUGUCGCAAUGUAAUUAGCCGUAAUUAAAUAAUUGUCGAUAUAUCGAUACGGUUUAUCGUUAAAAGUUUCGUACACGUUUCGUACGAGUACUUUGAGAAUAGUCGAAUCGAUUUUUUCGUCGCGAUGUCCAAAAUAGAUGAUACGUGUAAAGACAAUGUUUAUCGGAGUUAUACGUUGUUUAAGAGGAAGAACAGGAAUGAUAUUAUAUUAUAUUAUAUGAUUAUAUUAUAUAUUAUAAUUAUAUUAUAUUAUAUUAUAUUAUAUUAUUAUAUACGUAAAAAGAGGAAUCGAGAAAAAAGUGGGGAAGAAAAAAGAAAAAGAAAAGAAAAAAAGAAAAAGAAAUAAGAGACAGAGAAGGAACGUUUUCGGACAAGCAUACACACACGCGUUGGAGAAUGUACACUGGUGACACGCAAUUACUCUAGUGACAAAAAAGGAUAAAAAUGAAAAAAAGGAAAAAAUGAAAAGAACAAAAAAAAAAAAAAGAAAACCUAAAAUAAAAAUACAUUAUAAAUACAUCGCAUAAGCAAACACACGUGCGUCGCGGUUAAGAUUUCAGAUAAAUAUAUUAUAUACAGAUAUUUAUGAUAUGUGAAUGGCCGUCGGGGAAUGACGAAGGAUUAUUAUGUUUUGAGAUCGUUUGAAAGAUUGUAUUGGACGAGAUAUCGCUCCGCCAUUGCUUCGCGAGGUCCCUCUCUAUGGCAUGUAAAAUGAGAAAAAGAAAAAGAAAAAAAAAAAAAAAAAAAGAGAAAAAACAUUU